CCAGCCAGUGUUGAGUGCUCCUGAGAGGACUGAGGUCAUGAAUUAAAACCAGUUAGCUUGUUAUAUGACUGACUGACUUUUCUCCAGCAGCUUUUACUGUUUGGAUGUAAACAAUGAGAAAGUUCAGCUGGAGCACGGUUUAGUCCAAGCAAGGCUGAGAUUCUUUCAAGCAAAAAAGGAGACAUUGAGAUCAGAGAGUUGAAAAUGUUUGUAAAAGAGUGAUGAAAAGGACUGAUCAGGGAAUUUAAGUCAGGGCUAGCGUUUGGGGAAGGCAAUGCUGCGGCUACUCUUCGGAGCUUCAGUGUCCCGGGAGGAAGAAAGGCCCAGCCAAGGGUCCUCACACUGGCGUGGAAUUCGGCGCGUUCGUAGGCGAUCGACCCCAGAGACGAAAGCUGCUUCUCAAGCUGGGGGAGGGAGAGGAAACGGCGCACAAAAGCAGUACGACCUGUCCCUUACCAGCGUCUAAGGGAAAGAGUGGAGAAAACGAAAAAAGAAGCGGGCCGGGAGCCUCAGCUCCCGCCCCAGCGCCUUUUAAACUGCGUUUCUACCUCCUCUCGCUCAGCGCGGCGGCUAAUGGAACCCGCGCGAGCCGUCCCGCCAAUCACCGCCGCGUUUCCUCCCGUCGCCCGCCAAUGGCGGCGCGCGUUCUUGGGGCGUGGGCGAAGCAGGCUGCUCGCCUCCUGCCUGUAGUGUGUGGGCUGGGGUUGGUGCGAGCUUCCAGCUUGGCCGCACUUGGUUCGUAGUUCGGCUCUGGGGUCUUUUGUGUCCGGGUCUGGCUUGGCUUUGUGUCCGCGAGUUUUUGUUCCGCUCCGCAGCGCUCUUCCCGGGCAGGAGCCGUGAGGCUCGGAGGAGGCAGCGCGGCCCCCGGCCAGGAGCAAGCGCGCCGGCGUGAGCGGCGGCGGCGAAGGCUGCGGGGAGGGGGCUUCGCAGAUCCCCGAGAUGCCGGAGUUCCUGGAAGACCCCUCGGUCCUGACAAAAGACAAGUUGAAGAGUGAGUUGGUCGCCAACAAUGUGACGCUGCCGGCCGGGGAGCAGCGAAAAGACGUGUACGUCCAGCUCUACCUGCAGCACCUCACGGCGCGCAACCGGCCGCCGCUCGCCGCCGGCACCAACAGCAAGGGGCCUCCGGACUUCUCCAGUGACGAAGAGCGCGAGCCCACCCCGGUCCUCGGCUCUGGGGCCGCCGCCGCGGGCCGGAGCCGAGCAGCCGUCGGCAGGAAAGCCACAAAAAAAACUGAUAAACCCAGACAAGAUGAUAAAGAUGAUCUAGAUGUAACAGAGCUCACUAAUGAAGAUCUUUUGGAUCAGCUUGUGAAAUACGGAGUGAAUCCUGGUCCUAUUGUGGGAACAACCAGGAAGCUAUAUGAGAAAAAGCUUUUGAAACUGAGGGAGCAAGGAACAGAAUCAAGAUCUUCUACUCCUCUGCCAACAAUUUCUUCUUCAGCAGAAAAUACAAGGCAGAAUGGAAGUAAUGAUUCUGACAGAUACAGUGACAAUGAAGAAGGAAAGAAGAAAGAACACAAGAAAGUGAAGUCCACUAGGGAUAUUGUUCCUUUUUCUGAACUUGGAACUACUCCCUCUGGUGGUGGAUUUUUUCAGGGUAUUUCUUUUCCUGAAAUCUCCACCCGUCCUCCUCUGGGCAGUACCGAACUACAGGCAGCUAAGAAAGUGCAUACUUCUAAGGGAGACCUACCUAGGGAGCCUCUUUUUGCCACAAACUUGCCUGGCAGGGGACAGUUGCAGAAGUUAGCCUCUGAAAGGAAUUUGUUUAUUUCAUGCAAGUCUAGCCAUGAUAGGUGUUUAGAGAAAAGUUCUUCGUCAUCUUCUCAGCCUGAACACAGUGCCAUGUUGGUCUCUACUGCAGCUUCUCCUUCACUGAUUAAAGAAACCGCCACUGGUUACUAUAAAGACAUAGUAGAAAAUAUUUGCGGUAGAGAGAAAAGUGGAAUUCAACCGUUAUGUCCUGAGAGGUCCCAUAUUUCAGAUCAAUCGCCUCUCUCCAGUAAAAGGAAAGCACUAGAAGAGUCGGAGAGCUCACAACUAAUUUCUCUGCCACUUGCCCAGGCAAUCAGAGAUUAUGUCAAUUCUCUGUUGGUCCAGGGUGGGGUAGGUAGUUUGCCUGGAACUUCUAACUCUACGCCCCCACUGGAUGUAGAAAACAUACAGAAGAGAAUUGAUCAGUCUAAGUUUCAAGAAACUGAAUUCCUGUCUCCUCCACGAAAAGUCCCUAGACUGAGUGAGAAGUCAGUGGAGGAAAGGGAUUCAGGUUCCUUUGUGGCAUUUCAGAACAUACCUGGAUCCGAACUGAUGUCUUCUUUUGCCAAAACUGUUGUCUCUCAUUCACUCACUACCUUAGGUCUAGAAGUGGCUAAGCAAUCACAGCAUGAUAAAAUAGAUGCCUCAGAACUAUCUUUUCCCUUCCAUGAAUCUAUUUUAAAAGUAAUUGAAGAAGAAUGGCAGCAAGUUGGCAGGCGGCUGCCUUCACUGGCAUGCAAAUAUCCAGUUUCUUCCAGGGAGGCAACACAGAUAUUAUCAGUUCCGAAAGUAGAUGAUGAAAUCCUAGGGUUUAUUUCUGAAGCCACUCCACUAGCAGGUAUUCAAGCAGCCUCCACUGAGUCUUGCAAACAACAGUUGGACUUAGCACUCUGUAGAGCAUAUGAAGCGGCAGCAUCAGCAUUGCAGAUUGCAACCCACACUGCCUUUGUAGCUAAGGCUAUGCAGGCAGACAUUAGUCAAGCUGCACAGAUUCUUAGCUCAGAUCCUAGUCAUAUCCACCAAGCGCUUGGGAUUCUGAGCAAAACAUAUGAUGCAGCCUCAUAUAUUUGUGAAGCUGCAUUUGAUGAAGUGAAGAUGGCUGCCCAUACCAUGGGAAAUUCCACUGUAGGUCGUCGAUACCUCUGGCUGAAGGAUUGCAAAAUUAAUUUAGCUUCUAAGAAUAAGCUGGCUUCCACUCCCUUUAAAGGUGGAACAUUAUUUGGAGGAGAAGUAUGCAAAGUAAUUAAAAAGCGUGGAAAUAAACACUAGUAAAAUUAAGAACAAAAAGACAUCUAUCUUAUCUUUCAGGUACUUUAUGCCAACAUUUUCUUUUCUGUUAAGGUGGUUUUAAUUUCCAGAUAGGGCUAAUUACAAAAUGUUAAGCUUCUACCCAUCAAAUUAUAGUGUAAAAGUAAUUGCCUGUGUAAAACUACUUGUCUUUUUUAAAGAUUUGCAUAGAUAGGAAGCCUGGUACAAACAAUUUAAAGCUUUCUAGAUCACAUAUUAGUCUCUAAAUUGUUUUCUAUUUCCUGCUUUACUUAUGUUUUUACAAUUCUCCAAAACUAAGAAAAUUCUAAUUAGGAUAUGAGGAGUAUUUACUGUUUAAUAGAAUAAUAUGCAUCCUCCUUUAUACCUAGGACAGAAUUAAACAUUUGUUACACAUUCAGAACAGUGAUUUUGUUCUUUUUGAUACUUUUAUCUCAGUAUCUUUUCACGUUCCAUAACUUGUCCAUAUUUUUGCUCCUAUUUUCUUACUUUUGUUUUUUAUUCAUGUCUGCAACAUCAAUCAUAGUAGUCUAGAUCAAUGCAACUCAAAGCACCAGUCUACAAACUUACUUAUCCACAGGCAAGAUAAGCAUGCACAAGAAUUUAAAUCUAGAGAUACUUUUUAGGUCAAUGACAGGACUUGAUUUUUUAGCAAAAUUUUAUUAAUAGCUAAAGCAAUGUAUUGAUUUACACUCUGAUGCAAGUAAUUUAUCUCUUCAUUGACUGGUAGCAACCAAUUCAUGGACCAGUACCAUGGACCACACUUUGAGAAACACUUCUUUGGAUAAUAAUAGAUAUCCUGGGAUAGUGCAUGUUCACCAUCUAUUUUGUCAGAUAAUGGGGCCUUUUAAAAAAUAAUACUUUGCUUUCAUGAUAUAUUGUAUUUUGUAGAAAGUUAAGUUUAGCAAUAUAGACUCUAAAAGCAAAUUAAAUUUUUUUAAAGCCAUAAGAAAUUAUACUAUAUCCCAGUAUCUGUAUGUCUGUAUAAAGCAGUGUAUUAUCAUGUUUUCAUUUCUAUGAUUGUAAGAGUCUUAACUGCAGAGGUAUUGUGGAAAAUAGUAGCCUUAAGCAUAAUAAAAUAUGGUCUCUUGGGUACUCCCUCUGGCCAUUACCACAUUCUUAGAUUAUAUGUGUCCAUCUUUGCAGCUAAGAGUAAUUUUAUUUGUUGUCUUCUGAAAUGUACAUGUAUACAUGUACCUACUGAGUGCUAUGUGAUUUUUAAAAAUGUAUUACUGUAGAAUGCUUCUGCAAAUUCAAUAAAGUUGUUAAAUUUGAA